AUGCUAAAAUCGCGGUCGGCUUUCUGGCGGCCCUCGGUGAUCUUCCCAGUAGCGGUCAUUUUCCGCAUUGCCUUGCUAUUCUACGGACGAUGGCAGGAUGCCAACAGCCCGCUCAAGUAUACCGACAUCGACUACCUCGUCUUCACCGAUGCUGCACGCUAUGUAGCCUACGGCAGAUCACCAUAUGAGCGAGCGACGUACCGGUAUACGCCGCUCUUGGCCUGGAUUCUGGUUCCAACUGCUCGAGGAGGCCUAUGGUUUGAGUUCGGCAAGGCAUUAUUUGCUCUGAGCGAUAUCGCCACGGGAUGGCUGAUAUAUCGAAUUCUGCGAGCCCAGACACUGGGUUCGGAAGCCGCUCUAAAAUUCGCCAGCAUCUGGUUGCUGAACCCUAUGGUCGCGAGUAUAAGUACUCGUGGGAGCUCCGAAGGCCUCCUGGCCGUCCUGGUCGUAGCAUUACUUUGGGCAACAUUGAAGCGGCAGAUCGUGGUGGCCGGGUGUCUCCUAGGAUUUGGUGUUCACCUGAAGAUUUAUCCAUUCAUCUAUGCCGCUUCAAUAGCACAAUGGCUUGAUCAUGGUUCGGGGGAACAGUUCGGCGUUGCGCGAUCAGGUUUCCAGAGACUGAUGGCUUUAGUCAAUCGAGAUCGCAUCGUGCUUGCCAUUUCGAGUUUCAUCACUUUCAUGGCAUUCAACAUUGCCAUAUAUGGUAAGCCGUUUGUGGAGCACAGCUACACCUACCAUUUGGCACGAGUCGAUCACAGGCACAACUUUUCUGUGUACAACACAUUGCUACACCUCAGCUCGCUCUCGCGCACGACUGCUGCAUUACCUGUGGAGUCUGUUGCUUUCGCACCACAGCUAUUUUUGUCACUCUUUGCACUGCCAUUGGUACUUGCAAAAACGGACUUAGCCAGCACUAUGCUGGCUCAGACGUUUGCUUUCGUCACUUUUAACAAAGUGUGCACAAGUCAAUACUUUUUAUGGUACAUGGUAUUCCUGCCGUUCUACCUUCCAGCUUCGUCGCUACUCAGGAAACCGCAAGCCGGCAUGGCAGCGCUGAUACUGUGGGUGGCAGGCCAAGCCAUUUGGCUGCAACAAGGCUAUGAGCUAGAAUUCCUGGGUCACUCAACUUUUGCGCCAGGACUGUGGCUAGCGAGUAUGGUCUUCUUCUUGGUCAAUUGUUGGAUCCUCGGUAUCAUUGUCGAAGAUGUGCGGAGCCAGGCGAAAGGAGGCAAUGUUUCUCCACAAAAAGUGGAGAAGUCGUGAUUAGAACUUUGGGCUCAUCCACGAGUCUUCAACCUCCACCGAUAGCCUUAACGCAGCCCAUUGCUGCUGCUGCAGCUAGGCCUCCGAGCACCAACAUCUGAACUGCAUUCGAAAAGCAGAUGCGCCAGCUAUUCUCGCCCAACAGAGCCGUCUUCGCCCAGCCAAAGACAAACAGCGCGAUACCCAUGACUAGUAUACUGCACAGAAGUGCGUCUUGGACGCGGGUGAAGAACAAGUACGGCAGCAAUGGCACCAUACCUCCGAGGAAAUAUCCAAGCGCAAUUGUGAAGCCUGAGACGUAAGCUCGAGAUGCCACGAAAUCAGC